AACUAACCUUAGCAAUAACAAAAGUGACGUACAGCGGCGCGUCCGUGGCGGUUCCGCUUCUGCGCAUGCGUGCCCUAGUGGCCUGCUUCUAUUUACGUGGGGGGGCUGCAAGAUGGCGGCGUUGUUAGCGGCGAGGAGAGGCUAGAAGAAGUGGGGAGGUACUCCGACCCGGUUAAGGGGAGGGAACGGGAGGAGCCGGAGCCGUGGGUGGUAAGGCAGGGUCACCGAACAGGUGGGAAGGGGGGUGGGGGGUUAGAUGAUGGCGGAGCCACGCCGGGUGCCGUUCAUUAGUCUGUCACCCGUGAGGCGUCGAGAAGGCGAGACCCCGGUGCUCGAGCGAGAGCCUGGAGGGGCUCGCGAGGCGGAGCAGCAGCCAUUGGUGCAUGAGGCCCUGAAACAGCCAGAACAGCAACAGCAACAUCAUCCCCACCACCACCACCACGACAGCGGUCGGGCAGAGGCGCCGCCGCCGCCGCCGCCGCCUUUCGAUUCCACUCUUCGGCCGGAGUCCCAGUCGCUGCCAUUGCCGCGGGAGAUCAGCCGGCCCGAGCAAACGCCGAAGCCGCUGCUGCCACCUCAGCGUGAGCCUCCAAGGCCAGAACCGCCGCCUCCACCUCACCAGCACUUACAGCGCGAAGGCAACCGGCAGGAGUCGCCAACGCCACCGGUAGUACCGCGCCAUACGGUUCGGCUGGAGUUGGUGCUAAAGGAUCCAACCGAGGAAAGCUGUGUGGAGUUCAGCUAUCCUGAGUUGCUGUUGUGUGGCGAGCCACGGAAAAAGUCUGCUCUUACUGAAGAUCCAUUUAAUGAUGAAGAGCGUGACAGGCAGGAAGUGGAAAGGCUGGCUAAGGAAUUUGAAACGAAAUAUGGUGGGAAGUCCCACAAGCAUCGGAAAGAUCGUCUUCAGGAUUUAAUAGAUAUAGGUUACGGAUAUGAUGAAACUGAUCCUUUCAUUGACAAUUCAGAGGCUUACGAUGAAUUGGUUCCUGCAUCCUUGACUACUAAAUAUGGAGGCUUCUAUAUAAACACUGGAACUUUGCAAUUCCGCCAAGCAUCAGACUCUGAGGAGGAAGACUCUAUAGGGAACAAAAAGCAUCGACCAUCUAAAGUACCUAAACUGAAAGAUGAGGAGGACCACAGCAUAAAGAAACGCAAACGGAAAGAGGAAGAAACAGAGAAGGAGAAGGAUAAAAAGCCUCGGAAAAUGAAAGUUUCAAAGCAGCUGGGGGUGAUGGCCUUAAAUUCACACAAAUCUGAAAAGAAGAAAAAAAAGCUGUACAAGGAUUCUUUUUCACUGGCUGCAAUGAUCAGAAAAUUUCAGAAGGAAAAAGAAGGCUUUAAGAAGAAAGAUGAUACAGUAAAUCCCACAGUGGCAGUUACUAGUUCUACACCUAAUAAACUUCCUGUUCCUCCCAUCUCUGGUGGAAAUGAUGUGUCUGACUUGAACCUUAGCAUCACAGAUCCAGUUCUUUCCAUUUUCGGUACCACAAAUGAACGUGAGCUCCUGCAGGAAGCCGAAAGUGCCCUGGAGAUGCUAGGAGAUAUUGAUUUUGAUCGGUUGCUUGAUGGGACCUCUAAUGGCAGUCCAGUAUCUGAGCCUUCAGGAGAGAAUGGAAAUGUCACCCAGCCCCCCUAUUCCUCUGAGGUCAUGACACUGAAACAGGUACCUGCCCUCCCAGAAGGUCUGCCAGCACAUUUAGAAAAGCGUGUGGAAGACCUUAGAGCUGCUGCCAAGCUCUUUGAUGAAGAAGGCAGAAAGAAAUUCUUCACACAGGACAUGAAUAAUAUCUUACUUGAUAUUGAGUUGCAGUUACAGGAACUGAGUCCUGCCAUCCGCAGUGGAGUAUAUUCUCACCUGGAGGCUUUUGUGCCAUGUAAUAAGGACACACUAAUAAAGCGUUUGAAGAAACUGCACCUUAAUGUCCAGGAUGACCGUUUGAAGGAACCAUUGCAAAAAUUGAAAUUGGCUGUCAGCUGUGUCAUGCCUGAACAACUCUUCAAAUAUCAGGAGGACUGCCAGGCACAUAGUCAGGCCAGGAAUGCCAAAAUGCAAGCAGAAGAUGAGCGAGACAAGAAUGGCUCUGAGGAGGAAGAUGAUGAGAAACCAGGAAAAAGAAUUGCGGGACCAAGAAAGAAAUUCCGCUGGGAUGAGACAGUAAGAGCAUUGUUGUGUAACCUUGUCAAGAUAAAGCUGGGAUGUUAUGAGCUAGAGCCAAAUAAAAGCCAGUGUGCAGAAGAUUACCUCAAGACCUUUAUGGAAACGGAGGUGAAGCCACUUUGGCCAAAAGGCUGGAUGCAAGCUAGAAUGUGCAGGCCCAGGUAUGCAAGACAAAGACAAGCCACAGAACAUCAGCUUAGGAUGCUUUUUAAAGAAAGCCGAAGUGUUCAUAAUCACCUCACAUCUGCUCCAGCAAAGAAGAAGGUGAUUCUGGCACCUAAACCCAAAGCAAAGGACUCUAGUCCAAAGAAGGAGCAGAGAACCUGUGCCCCUUUUGCUUCAACCUGUGUUCUUGCUUCAAGUACCAGCACACCUGUAACUGCUCUGGCCAGUUCUAGCUGUAUACCAGCUCCAGAGACAAUCUGUUUGGAUGACUCACUAGAUGAAGAUCUUUCUUUCAACCCACCUUCAUUAGAUUCUAUUUCUGAUGCUCUGGCAGUUAUUAAUAAUGGAGCCAAGAGUUCUCCGGUUGGGCCCUCUGUAGAGACACCAACUUCAAGACCUCGGCCUGGAUUGAGAGAAGAGAAAUUAGCAAGUAUAAUGAGCAAGUUACCUCUAGCAUCCUCAAAAAAGGUAGAGACAGCUCAGACACCACAUUCUUCAAGUCUUAUAGCUGGGCACACAGGAUCAGUACCAAAGAAAUCUCAAGAUUUACUUCAGACUGGUAUCUCUUCAGGCCUUAUUGCUGGAUCUUCUAUUCAAAACCCCAAGGUAUCCUUGGAGCCCUUGCCAGCCAAGCUUCUACAGCAAGGAUUACAGAGGUCAAGCCAAAUUCAAGCUGCAUCCUCUUCACAAACUCAUAUUUCAUCCUCCUGUAAGGUCCCAGCCACAACUUCUCCCGCUUCACAGAGGCCGAAGGAUACAGCUGGGCUUGUAACUUCUUCAGAAGUUCAAAACUGUGGCUCUUCAACAUUACAAGUGACAAAGGUUCACCAGCAAUCAGCUGCCCAACAAAAAUAUGUGUCCCCUUUACAAGCAACUAUUAGUAAAUCUCAGACCAACCCUGUGGUAAAACUAAGUAGCAAUCCCAAACUCUCUUGUUCUUCCCCAGUUUCUAAGACUUCAGAUAAACCAGUAAUAUAUCGCCUUCCUUUGUCAAGCACCACUUCUGUAAGUAGUUCUCAAAUGGCUCACCCACUUGUGUCUCGGACAACGUCCAGUACCUCUACCUCUAGUAACUAUUUAGCCAAGGCCAUGGUAUCACAAGUUUCUACCCAGGGUUUCAAGCCUCCUUUCUCUAUGGCUUCCUCCCCCAAACCUGCUGCUUCUCCCAAGCCCACAAUGUCCAAGCCUUCUGUAACACCCAAGUCUACUGUGUCUCCUAAACUCUCUUCAUCUAAGUCCACCUCAGCUCCCAAGCCCAUGUCAUCUUCUAGUUCUUCCAGUUCAAGUGCACUAAUAUCCCAGAGUAUUCACUCCAGCAGCAACAAUUCCCUUCAUAAACAGCCCACUGGAGCCAAUGUCAGCAGGCAGUCGCCUACAGUUAAUUUACUGCCCUCUAACCACACCUCAGGCCUUCAACCAGCAAAGAAUCCUCAGGCCCCUUCAAAAUUAUCCAACUCUUCUGCCUCUGGAACUGUUGGCAAAAAUAACUUGAGUGGAGUUGGAUUGAAUGUAUCUGUCAACAGGGGUAGCAACCUUAAUUCAAGUGGAGCUAAUAGGACUAAUCUCUCUGCGGCAACAGGAAGUGGAACACAGGGUGCUACUAAACAAUUGUCAACUCCACAUAAACCAUCUUCUGCUUCAGGGUCUACAGUUAUCCCAGCCAGUGUGCAGCUAGUGAUGUGGGGUGGAGAAAACACACUGUUACAAAGAUCAACAACAGGUGCGUCAUUACUGGCAACUGCUUCACCAUUGACUCUCAUGACAUCACCCCUGUCUGUCACCAAUCAGAAUGUGACAUCUGCUCCAUUGGCUUCUUUUGGGAUGCUGGGUAGCCUUGGUCAUGUGACUAUGCCCUUUCAGUUUCCAUUGGACCUACUUGGCUUUGGAACAGAUACAGCUGGAGUGACAGCCACGUCUGGAUCUACCUCAGCGGCUUUCCACCACAGCCUAGCUCAGAAUUUACUAAAGGGUUUACAACCAGGAGCUCAGCAUGCAGCAGCAUUGUCUCACACACCUCUGCCUGCUCAUUUGCAGCAAGCUUAUACAGAUGGAGGCCAAAGUAAAGGGGAAACUAAACUACAGAGGAAAACCCAGUGAUAUCCUGAUAAGCAAGGGAGUUAAAGUGGUUCUGCAUUGCUGAUGGAGACUGACCAGUUGGGAAAAUGCUUAUGUGGACACAGAGCUGCUGUUUCUGUCAAUGUUUACAUAUUCUGAUUCCAAGCACUGUGGUGAGAAGAAAAGGAGGAAGAAGAAAAAGAAAAGGAAAACAAUACUUGAUCAAAGAGAGAAGGAAAAGGAGGAAAGUGUUCUUGUAAAAUCAACUCAUAGAUCAAUUUCUCCUAAAGAACUCCUAAAGCCUUUUGUCCUUUCUGAGUUGUUCAGAGGGGAUUGGCUGAAAAAGUCCAGUUGUCAAACCUACAGCAGCACAAACCUUCUUUUCAGACUGGUGGAAGAUCUGUAAAGAGAAGCAAAAAUAGAGGUCACCAUUCAUCCUGUUAGUGGAGGCCCCAGGGAAGUCUAUAAGAUAGGAACAGUCUGCACAGAUUUGAAUAAAGUCAGGUAUAGAAGGGAAGAAAAUAUUUUUCCACAGAAAGCUAAGGCUGUCCAUGAUUUCUCUUUGAAGACCGUAAAGAUUACAAAUGUCUCAUUCUGGGGAAUCUUUCAUGUAGGAAAUACCAGUGAGCAGCACAGAGGUUUUUCUUUCAGAGGUUUAACUGGAGGAAGGGCAAGUUGGAGUGUUUCUUGUAAUAUUUCCACUCUUUAGGGAAUGUAGAAUCUCCCAUAUAUAGUGUGAGACUAAUUUGGCUUCAUUAAACCAGAUCUCAAUGUAGGUAUCUUCUGAAAAAAAGAAAAAAAUGCCAUUAGCCUUGCUGUAAUACUUCAGAGUUGCCUUACUUUUCAUAAAUUGACAUAGUUCAGAAAUAUCUAGUUGCUAUCCUUUGUGGAGAUAGUCGUCUCUGUCAUUCUUCUCAUUCUGGUAGCUCUGAAAAAGUCACACACUGUAUUAAUUCCAGUAAAUAAAAAGAUACACAAAGGUUG